AUGGAAGCCCAAGAUCUCGAAAUUUCCGAGACUCACCCUCCAGAUGGAGCAGAGACGCAUCGCGACCUGCGCUCUAGGAGACACGCCCAAAACCGUUGUGCCAAACAGUCGGCCAAAUACUACGGCUAUCGCGGCGUGCAUCCAAGUUGGAUUGGUCAGCCUUAUCAUUCACUCGCAUCCACACCCACUUCGCACACUGCUCUCGAGGAAACAUAUGGCCCCUUCUCGGCAAUCUAUCCCGCCUGUGGACCACUUGUAUCUGUGCCGAGGCACUUGAAAGUGUCCAUCUGGACGAAGCGCGAUAUGUUUCUGGACUGCGAGACCGAUAUAUGGCCUCUCGACCGACGGCACCACAGAGGGAAGAAAAUCCGUGAGAAGAGAAGCGCAAAGUGGGAGCUGAGAGGGUUGGGCAGGGGGAUGAAAGUCAAGGCGAGGGCUGUGCACGAUGAGGUUGAGGUUGAGGAUGGGCAGUCGGAGGUUCAUGUACCGUAUCCUUAUUAUAUGGAGGAGCAGUCUUAUGGUGGUGAUGGCCCCGGUCGGUUGGACAAGGAUGAGGAAGCGGCUGGUGGUGAGGAGGUAGCUGAAGGUGCUAUCGUCGAUGCGCCUGAGCGUGGACCUCAGUCACUUGACUUGGUUAAUGGUAUCGAUCUCGAUGAGGACGAGGUCCUUGAGGGACUGGGUUUUACCAUGAUAUCGGAACGCGACUUCGAUGUUAUUUCGAUCUCGUCGAAAGAGGAGGAGGACUCCGAGUGUGAUAUAAUAGGACCUGGGUAG